AACAGCGGCCUCUUCUUGACAGACCUGGAGGAGGUUGGGAGUAGAAAACAAAUUAUACACUAUAUUUCAGGCUUGUUAUGCAAAUAAGUUUGGAUUGUUAACAGAUCAACUAAUUAUCUAAAAAUUUUAUCAACAUAAACUGAUUACAUUUGUUACAGUAAGGAUUAGGGCUUAAUAACACAUCUAUAAUAAAUUUUGCGCUCAAUGAGAAAAAUGAGCCCUGCAAUACACUGGUGACCUAUUAAGGGGGUACCCCGCCUCUAGGCCAAAGCAAGCGUAAAACUGCAGUACGAGUGGGUCUUUGCCUUGUAGAUUUUUGUUGAGUUCCCUGUAUUCAGCAAGCACGUCAGUUAAGAACGCCUGACAUUCUCUGCGGUAGAGUGCUUGUACUGUGUUUACUGUUUUACAGUGUUCCCCAUUGUUCAAAGCUUCUUGGUGGAUGAUACAGUGCAUUUAACUGGCUCACCUCCGCUCUCCUGCACCUUGGAGCACACCAAGGAGGCCUUUCCAGCGCCUGUCGGAGCUGGGGCUCCAUCUGUCGUAGCGUCACACAACUUUACAAAUUUAAGUCCCAUGUUGUCAAUUGCAUUUGACACAGCUUCAAAAAUGUCUCUCCUGUGUUUCUAUGGUGUUGUCAUUUUCAUUUCAGUCCUUAAUUUUGUUUCUGGACAAUGUUUGACGUUUCUGUGGAACUAGGUGUUUUCAGCUUUGGUGGGUCCACCUAUAAGACAGUAGGUGCUACUGAACCCUAACCCUGAGCCACUCACUUCUCUUCUAUCCAUGCUGGUGCAGUAGUUAAUCAUUAAUCAGAGGAAUGAUCCAAAUGCAGCUUCUAUGUGAUGAACUUGGUAGAAAUGUGGAAACUAAAUAUUGACACAGUCAAUGUAUUUAUGGGAUUUCAGUCAGUAAAAUGUGCCAGUGCUACACCCCAUCACUGGUGAGUCAACCACUUUUUCAUAUUCUCAGGACUGCAUGAAUGUUUUAUUGAUGUUUUUUAGUCUGUGAUGUAAGAGGUUUUUCAUUUUUUUUGCAGUUGUACCCUUAUUCAGGUCUUAAAGGUCCUAGACUGCAGUUUUGAAGAGUUAAUGUUGAAAGACGCCACAUUUUGUCUGUUAAUCUAUUUUAGAAUGGAAUAUUACACUUUUUAAAUGAUCCAUUAUUUAUCAAAAUCAAAUUGGAAGCAUGUUUCCAGUGAAUCAAUAUGUGGUUAGGCCGAUGACCCUGCUUCUCCUCACAGAUUUUCUCAGGUUGGAGCAAAGUGUGUCAGGACAAACCAGUAAAACCAAGGUCUGAAGUUUUGCAAGUCUUAAAAAAUCUUUCACAUAAAGUCCAUUUGUAUAGACUGCCGAAGUACCUGUUGUGAGUUAGAUAAUUAAGAUGUGUUUCUUUCAGUUACCAUGGUGAUAUACCGCGUAGUCAUAUAUCACGAGCGCCUGUUUCUGUCCGGUGAUGCCCAUCGAACCAUCAUCCAGUUAGUUGGGAGCAGAGCAGCCAGCAGACGCAUCCUAUUGGCUGAGAGAUCUGUUUGUCGAAUUUUGAAGAACAUGUGUUGCUUUUACAAAACUACGGAGGAAAAAGCAGAAUACGCAGUCCACGCCCCCACCAGUCUCGGAGCUCUGCUACUGGUUCGACUUGAUGCCCCACCCACCGGCGCCAGCUCCUGGUUUUGUUUGAAGGUUGUUGUUACGACACCUGAGGGCGGGGUCUCUAUGUUCCCUUGCUACCGAACCGUCACCGGAUCCCACCCGCUGGCUCUGAGAGAUUCCAUUGCCAAACUUGUUUUCGAUGACGUUCGACCAGUCGAACUGGAUCAGAGGAUCAAUGAACUGAUGUAUCAACGUCAAGCAUAUCGGUGGAGUUGCUAUGACGAUGGUCUCCCUGAAAUGAUGAAGGCUGAUGAUGUUUCGUCACUUCCCGCUGAGGUUCGAUUCUCCGUUUCCAAAGAGACUGACAUGAUUUUGACCAUCAGUAGAGCAUUGGUGGAGCUGGGUCUGCAAAGCUUCCUGAGCUUUGAGCAGAACUGGUCCAGUUUUCAUCAGAUCCAUCAGCUCUGUCAGGAGACCAGGACCCCAAUUUGCAGACUAGUGGAACAGUUCUGGAGGGACGACUGGUUCUUCGGACACCAGUUUCUGAAUGGGGCCAACCCUACUUUAAUUCGCCGGUGCACAAACAUCCCAGCGAACCUGGCCGUUACCGAGGAGAUGGUGGAGGCAUCGCUGGAGGGAGGAGUCAGCCUCCGUCAGGAGAUGGAGACAGGAAAUGUGUUCCUGGUCGACUAUGGGCUGCUGGAUGGGCUCACGGCCAACACUGUAAAUGGAAAACAAAAUUACCUGACGGCGCCACUCGUCCUGCUUCACUUGAACGCCAUCAACCAGCUGGUUCCUGUUGCCAUACAGCUGAAGCAGACUCCAAGUGAGUCUAAUCCCGUCUUCGUCCCUCAGGAUCUGGAAGCUGAUUGGCUGACAGCUAAAACAUUUGUGCGCUCUGCAGACUUUGCUGAUCACGAGCUGCGUUCUCACUUUUUGCGGACACAUGUGAUGUCAGAGCUCUUCGCCAUGGCAACGCUUCGAAACCUUCCCAUGGUGCACCCCCUCUACAAACUCCUGGCUCCUCAUUUCCGUUUCACUCUGGAGAUCAACACUCUGGCUAGGCAGCUGCUGAUCUCUGAUGGAGGAUUACUCCAAGAGUACACAGCAGUGGGUGGAGCUGCUACACUGGAAUAUCUGAGGAGGGCAUCAGCCUCGCUCACCUAUCAGGACCUGUGUUUACCUGAUGACGUCGCUGGGCGUGGCCUGGCUAAUAUUCCUGGCUAUUAUUACCGUGACGACGGUCUGCGGCUGUGGGACAUCAUCCAAAGGUAUGUAGAGUGCGUGGUUACCUGUCAUUACCAUGGUGAGGAUGAUGUCAUUAGAGACUCUGAGCUGCAGAGCUGGAUUAAUGAGAUCAUUGUAUUUGGUCGCCUAGGAGACGAGAAGAAAGGUUUCCCAAAGUCCUUUACAUCGGUGUCGGAGCUGACGUACUUUAUUACCAUGGUGAUCUUUACUGCAUCAGCGCAGCAUGCAGCUGUUAAUAACGCUCAGCUGGAUUAUUUUGGCUGGAUGCCAAAUGCUCCUGUGGGGUUGCAGUGUCCUCCCCCAGUGUGUAGGGGGGGCUGCAGCGAGCGCAGCCUGAUAGACGCCUUUCCUGAUGUGAAGUCCACCGUGCACGGCCUCGCCACUGUCUACCUGCUCAGCAAGAAACCAGCCGACUUUGUUCCUCUGGGCGGUUCAGUGGCGCAGUACUUCUCAGAGUCUGGUCCCCUGGAGGCUGCAACGCGUUUCCAUAGAGACCUAAAACGUCUAAGCUGUGACAUCAGAGCGAGGAACGUGGAGUUGCCGCUGCCAUACGUCUACCUGGACCCCGCCACUGUGGAGGACAGCGUGACACGCUGAGCCCACAUGUUUAGAUGAGAUGAGUCAAACUCACGUGAUAUUAUUCUAUAUUUGUUCUGGUUUUAGACUGAAAAAUAAAAAAAUACUUUUUAUAGUUUA